UCAUUUCCACGGUUAGGGAAAUUAAUAGAGCUUCAAUAAAUGUAUAUAGUUUGUAACACUAGAUAUUUAUUUUUAUUUUUAUUUUUUAUAGAUGUAUUCAAUAGUUGUUUUUACUGAAAAGAAUGAGACAGAGGUUAUACCAAGUGACUGGCUGAGCAUCGACAAAAAAGUUUCCUUUUGGCCCCCAUAUAACGGUACAAGAUGUAGAAAAGCAGUUGAAAAAAAUGAAACUCCUGAUGAAGAAUGGGACGAAUAUGAAACUGAAUGGGUGGCUGAGUAUGGUUCCUAUGAAAAAGCCAGAAGAAAGCUGGUGAAGUUCUGUGAAGGCAACAGUUUGGAGUCUACAGAUGAGGACAGUGUACGGAAAAGAGUACCAUCGGCAAAAUAUGUAAAUGGAUUUACAUCUGGUACAGCCUCAGGAAGACCUCCAGUGCAGGCCUCAACAAGCUGGCUCCACACAGAGACAAUGGAAAGACCAAAAAAGAAAUUCUGCAGUAAUGGAGCCAAAAGCCUGACCUUGCCAACCAUACCACUAUUUGCACCAUCAGCACCUGCUGUGACAGUCCCUGAACCAAGACAAGAUGAAAGAGAACUCCGGCUCUACCAGAUGCUGGAAGAGAUAAAGGGUCAAGUCAGGCAGAAUACGCUCCUCCUUCAGGCCAUACUGAGAAGAGAGAAUGCAACUGAAGUUGUAAAUGAGGAAUUUCAGUUUCCUUUAAGGAGCAUGACAGGCAUAAAAGAUCUGGAGGAUAGGCUGUCAAACAGAGACACACAACGUUCUCUAACAAGAUAUCUUACCAGCUUGGGUGGAACAUCUGCCAAAGACAUUGUCCACAGAAUCAUGAGGGAGAUUAUGACCAAUGAGUUGGCCAACAAUUUUAAUUGGCAAGGGAGAGGACAGAAGAGCCCCUUUUCUACGCUCUUGCUGGCAAAAGUUGUCAUAGAUGCAGCCAAAAAACAAGGCACAAAAGUGGUGGAAGCCGAGGAAAAAAUUAAAACCUGGCUGAAGUACAGCGGAGACCGAAAUGGAGGAAGAAAAAAAAGAGCAACAGAAAAAGAAAAGCAGAUGCCUCCCCCUCAUGCAAAUUCCAGCAGCUGCGAAAGUGAAUGUAAGUGUCUUCCAAUGAUUGUUUUUUCUUCCUCUGUCUAACCCACCAUUAAACAGAGGCGUAUUUCAUCUUCACUAGGCAUACAGCCUUAUCUUCACUGCAUGAAGAUGUAUAAAAAAUGUGCUACCCCAACAUGUCCAAACUUUUUUUGAAAAUGUCUUGCUGGUAUCAAAUUCAAAAUGGACGUUAAAAUGUACCAUGAAAUACACUGUUAGACUUGUUAUGUAGAUAUGCAGAGUCACUGUAACUACCCCCUUACAAUACCAUAAGUGUACAUGUUUUUUACAGUAUGAUGCCCUAACCGCAGCUCCAUUGUACAGUAUGAUACUGUAAAUUGUAUGAAAAAUGUGGUGUGGUUGUUUACCACAGAGCUGAAGUUGAUGGGUAUUUGGUUGGGGAGGGGAAGGAGGAACAGUCUUGUUUAGAAGCUUUAGAAGAUUUGUGAAGGAUGAUGGAGGGGCCGAACCCAUGGUACUUCUGCUUGCUGAU